CUGCCCAACAGCGGCCGCUGUUGGUUCGGGACAACAUUUGCUGUUGGGCAGUGUGCCCAUUGUUUCCGUGCCCAUUUCGGGCGUCCAAAUAUUUCGGCUCAAGAAGGGGGGCUCCCGGAGGCCCGCGGCACCCGACGGGCGGCGGCAGCGCGGGCGAGGCGGGCGGGGCCGCGGCAUGGCGCCUGCGGGAAGCGAUGAGACACUCAGGCUUCCGGGUGUGAUCUCUGUCGAUGGUGGGCCCGAUGCGCUCUCGGAGGCGACGACGGAAGUGCGGGUGCGCCUCACGGUCUUCGAUGUUCCAGAGAUAACGAUAUCGGCGAGCCGUUUCACUUGCAACUUCUUCCUGGAGGCAUCCUGGCUCGACGAGAGCAUGAAAGAUGAGGAUGCGUUGGACGUUGGAGAGUGGGCUCCGCAAUUUCCUGUCAAGGGCCAGUCAACACAUGGCCGGUGGACCCCGAUGCUUCAUUUCUACAAUGUCCUGGAGCUCAAGGAUAAGGAGGAAUGGUAUGUUGUCUACAAAAGAGACCGCGCCGACAUGGAACUCCUGCCCACUCCUGUGGUCUGCUACCGCAUGAGGGCCACUGGUGUAUUCCGCGAAAGGUUCGAGCUGUACGAGUUUCCAUUUGACUCACAGGACCUGCAAAUACAAAUUGUGUCAUUGCAUCCAUGUGUCGACCUGCCCACGCAGUCAGAGCAUCUUUCUGGGAAGACGAACGUUACUUUGAAGAUGAAUCACACUGAUGAGUACGCAUGCGUUGCUCCUGGAGAUGAUAAGGACAGAUUCACUUUGUACGACGAGUACAUCAUGCAAAAGGAUGUCCGUGAGAAGAACGAGAGAACGUUGGCUGACCAUUCAACGACGAGGAAAACGUAUCCUUUGCUGACACUCUACCUUAAGGUGACGCGACGGCCAGGAUUCUACCUCUGGCAGGUGUAUUUUCCGAUGUGGAUGUUGGUGCUCCUUGCAUUUCCUAUUUUGCUACUCCCAGUCAGCGACUUCGGAAACCGCUUGAGCUAUCUAUCGACCCUUCUGCUUGCUGCAAUUUCGUACAAGAAUUGGUUAGGAAAUGUCUUGCCCAAGUGCUCGUACCUAACUUUUAUUGACCAGUAUGUGCUUGUUUCCAUCGGUGUUAUUUUCGUUGUCACGAUGGAGAGCGCCGUCGUUUUUUGGCUGUGGAAGCAGAUGUCCGAUCCUCCGAAAGUGGCGAUGGAGGAAAUGGAAGAUUUUCUGGGGUUCUCGGCCUCGGUGUGCUGGACAUGUUGGCACGUAUGGUUCUGUCAGCUCCAGGAGAGACACGAUCCGAAUGCGGUAAAGACAGAAAACGAAAAAAUCAAUGAGGCACGCAGCCCCCGUGCGGCAGGGAGUCGCUCCCCGAAAUUGAAACGGCUGCCCAGCUGGGUUUCAUCACGAUCAUCGGGUUCUGGAUCGACUUCCCUUACACACAGGAUGGCGCAGAUCAAAGAGGACUUCACCAAAGAGGACUGACUGGCGAGAGCUGAACUUGGGCACACGUUGGUCCUCGACCCACUGACGUGACACGCCGAAGAUAAGGUUGCACAUUCACAUUGGCAGCGCAUCGCAUGACAACGUAUGCCGACAUUCGGCGACUGCGCAACCACCCGUGGAGACACACGUUGUUCCCGACAGGUGAUGCAGGAGUUGCACUGGGAGGUUGCUCGUCCAAUUCUGCAAGCGCCUUCAUGGUUUACACCCUCUCCGUGUUUCCUCGCAGCCACAUGAGCAGGACUCACAUUGUCUGGCACGAGCCAAUGUGACAUGUAUGUUAGUGCAAUUGGGGUAAGAAAGAAAGAAGAAGCAACAAAA